UAGAUUAGAUUUUAGAAUAGAGAAGAUUAUAAUCAUUAGAUAACUAAAUCAAAGGGAGAGAAGGGAUUAAAUUUUUUUUUAAAAAAUUAGCGAUAAGAUAGUGUGAUUUAGUUAUCAUCCAUUCUUAUACCCUAAAUAACAAAUCACAACUAAAAAAGCCAGAAAAAAAAUCCUAACUAACAAAUCAAAACAAAAAAAAGAGAACGCGGCACGAUGCUCAUUGCAUAUGGCAACACAGGGGGAUCCUGCGAGACCCCCUCGUACCGUACGUUCCGCCUCGUGCUGUACGGCAAGGGGCGACCCCUUUAUCCUUGGUUCCGAUGUACGGCACGAGGCGGUACUUUUAUCCUUGGUUCCGAAACCAAUCGGCACUUUCGGAAACUCGUUGUAACAUGUUUUUAGCUACACCUAUUUAGCAUUUUCGUCGCGUGUAGUUGCUCGAACAUCCAAAAUGGUUUGUUUCGGGGUAGUGGAUGGGUUAAGAAGAUGGAUGGCAUCCUCUGGGAUACUUUGUGGAUUGCGAAAGUGUUUUUGGUGAGUUUUCAUGAAUUCCGGCAGCAGGUUCCAAAAAUUGGUAAAUGAAACUGAUUGUUUGAUUGUAGCGUUUAGUGAUUAAAGUGACUUCGGGUCAAUUUGGUGUUGGUUUUGGGUUGUGGAGCUGAUUGUGACUCCGUGAGAUCUUUCGAAGGUCCGGGCGACGUUUAGGAGCAUCUUUCGAGUCGCGGACUCGUUGUUGGUUUUGAGGUGAUACUGGAGUGAGGGUCAGGACAGUGCAUGAGGGUGCUAGUAGAUAGACAUGUCCCAGGCCGUGAUGUUGAUGAUUUAGUUUAUCUUUCAUGUUUAGUCUUGCUUUUAUGUUUCAGAUUAAUGUUAUUUAACUCUAUUUCAUGUUAAUAAUGGUGGAUGUAGGUUCCUCAGUAGUUCGGUUGUUUCUUUCAGUAUUAGUAUCUUCAAAUAAUUAACUAUCGAUUUGUUUGGUUUCUAUGCCGUGCGUGUAUAGGGAAGACUCUGUCUGUUUGUACAGGAGAGACUCUGUCCAUGUAGCAGAUAUUUUCACUUCAAAAUCUUCCUUUGCGAACUACAUGAGUGCAAGAAAUAGUCAAUUGCUAAGCUAUAGGAAGAUUGCGCACGGACUUCCUUUUAUAUGGAAUAAGCAAAUAGGAUUUGGAUGGAAAAAUCACAUUCAAAUCCCCAAAAGGUCAACGUUUGGAGGGUUGUCUAUUGAUAAGAAGGAUGAACAUCUUAUCAAGGCAGUUGCUACUGUUGAACCUAAGUCAGUUCCCACCCCGGAUGAUGAGAUGUGCACUACCACUUUGGAAUAUGGUGUGUGUCAAGUAUCUCAAUUUUCACAUGAAGAGUUUUCUGAAAUAGAUAAUAGAGAAAAGUUGAGACGAAUGAGAAUCUCGAAAGCAAAUAAGGGGAAUGUACCGUGGAACAAAGGCAGAAAACAUAGUCAAGAAACUCUUCAACGCAUUCGAGAGAGGACUAAAUUAGCUAUGCAGGAUCCCAAGGUCAAAAUGAAGCUAGUGAACUUGGGACAUGCUCAAAGUGAGGAGACACGGUUAAAAAUAGGAGUGGGUGUGCGAGAAGGUUGGCAGAAGCGUCGUGAGAAGCUGAUGGUACAAGAAGGCUGCUGCAUUGAAUGGCAGAAUGCGAUUGCACAGGUAGCCAGAAAUGGUCUUGCUGGUGAAGAGGAGCUGCAUUGGGAUUCGUACAAAAUCUUGGAUGAACAGUUGAUGCAGGAAUGGUUGGAGAGUGUCGAAAGGAGGAAAACCAUGCCCAGACUAAAAGGCAGCAAGAGAGCACCAAAAUCACCCGAACAGAGAAGAAAAAUUUCAGAGUCCAUUUCCGCUAAAUGGGCUGAUCCUCAACUCCAAGGAGUAAACAGGCCCCAAGUAUAUGCACCUUCUGAAAACAGAGGAUAUCGUGAACGGGUUUGCUCUGCAUUGGCAAAGUAUCAUGGUACUCCCCUUGGAGCUGAAAGAAGACGAAGGAGAAAGCCACCGACUCAAACGGCUGUUGAGAAGGAACCUGUGAUAAAGAAACCUAUGCAACCCAAAAGCUCCAGCACUGAGACAAAGAUUACUAAGCAUAUAGCAUCCAAGAAGAAGAAAAACACUACUCCUUCCUACAAAGACCCCAUGGCAAGUACUAAACUAGAGAUGAUAAAGAAGAUAAGAGUGCGAAGAGCAGCACUGGAAACAAAGAAGAAAGAUGCCAUUGAGAGGGCAAAGUUGCUUAUUACUGAAGCAGAGAAGGCUGCCAAGGCUCUCGAGAUGGCAGCGUCGAAGAGCCCACUUGCACGAGCGUCACUUCUGGAAACAAGAAAACUUAUUGCCAAGGCGACGAGGUCCAUUGAAGGCAUAAAGCAUGGCCAAAUACCAAUGCAGGAUACUGCUGAGGAUAUAUCUUCAGAUUCUGCUAUAUCAGAAACAAGUGCGGGGAGCCAAACUUGUGAAGACAUACUGGACGAGCGACCGAUAAAUGGCGAAGUUCAUCUCUUCUCGUCGAAUAAUGGGAGCUACAAAGACCUCGAUAAAUCUACACUUCAGGUAGUAUUGAAUGGAAGGGAGUUGUCUUGCGCAUCUGACUCUGCAGAAAAUUCUACAGAAGUAUUUCAUCACUAUCAUUCACCGUCAUCUGAAUCUGAAAGCGGGAGAAAAGAUGUGGCACCGAUAAAUUUGCUCACCGGCUCAUCUACUGUCAAUGGAUCAAUCGUACACAAUAAAAUUGUACCUGCAAGAGGAGACGAAUCUUUGCGAAUCGACAAAGACGAGCUCUCCACGUCUGCAACUAAGACUAAGGUGAAGUGGGUCUGUGGGAAAUUGGUUGAAGUGGAAGAAGAUUGAGAAUUCUAUAGUGGGAUGAUUGCGAAUAUGCUACAUUAAAGCACUGGAGCAUAAUAAUAACCCUUCUACCCUAACGGUUCAUGGUCCAGAAGGUGGGUGUUAUAUGCAUGAUGUGGUCUAAUGAAUAUCGUUCGACAUAAUAGGCCUCCUAGGAGAAAUCAUUAUUUUUUUUUA